AUGCAAGGAAAAUAAACUUAAGACUCUUUAGAGACAAUUUGUAAGAUUCAUAAUUUGGAAUUUAUUGAUGUUGAUUUGGAUAUGUCGGAUAAAUUGCAGAUUUAAUUUUUUUGUGGCAAAUGUUUAGUGGAUAAAUUAAACAAUAAUAAAGUAACAACUAUUGAACAAUCAAAAGAAAGAAUUUAAAAAAUAAAGACUUAAUAACAAGAAAUUAAGACUAAAGAGAAUUAAUCUAGACUGAACUGUUAUAAGAAUAUUCUAGAUCAAAUAAUGGACUUUAAAAGAUCUAUUGAUGAUUCUUAAGAAAAGAUGUAUAAAAAAAUAUAAUAAUAUAUAUAUAUUUCCAAUUUAAAAAGAGAAAUCAGAAUUACAUGAAUAAUACUUUUAAUUAAAUUACUUUGAAGAUAUUAAAUAAUUAUAAGAAUAUAAUUCUGAUAAUUAUUUAAUAUCUUCAAAGAAAUUAAUAGAAGAUAAUAAUUUUAUAGAUGAUGUAACAAGAUAAUUUGAAUUACUUUUUAAUUAUGCUAAAUAUUUCUAGACUUUAGAUAUAUUUGAGAAAACAAAAUAAAUAAUUGAAGAUUUAAUGGAAAAUAAUAUUCUGUAGUUACCACCAUUAUUUUUUACAAAAAAUGAAUCUGUAAGAGUAAAUCAUUUAUUAUUAGAAAACACCAAGUUUAAAUAGAAUUUGCCCUAAUCAUAAAACAGAAAUUAUUAUGAUUGAUAUGGACUCUUAGAAUAAGAAAAUUGAAGAUAGGUUUGCAUGUGACUGCAUUGCUGAGAACCCAUAAAUUAAAUACUCUAUAAUCGAGUCAUUAAUAAAUAAUGGAGAAAUUACAAUUCAGAAUCAGAUAAAAUGUUAUCAGAGUAUCAACAGGAAAGCAAAAAUAAAAAAUCUGAUUUAUACAAAUUAAUAGCUUCGAUGA